AUGAUUCAAUCAGACGAAGACAAUUUUGACUCUUCUGAAACAACAGAAUCAACGUCAUACAGUAGCUCUUCAUCUGCAUCAAUUAUUACACACCCUAGAACAUCCUUAUUUCUGGAGAAUAUUGAGGGAACACGAGGGAACCUCGAUGCCGAAAUAGAGAUGGCUACUGUUGCUUAUGAAAGCACUAGUAGAGGCCAAGGUUUUGCUGUAUAUAUUAACAACGAAAGAUUUUCCCAGAUAAUGGGAGCAUCCACAAGUUCUAGCUCCAGCAGUGAUUCAUCUUCAAUAACACAAUUCCACGAUACCCAUGAUAAUAAUAUACCAAGUCACAUCACAGUACAAGCUUCCCUUCGACGAGAUAAUGAAGAAGGUACACCUUCAAGAAAGGUUACUCCUUCACAAAAUGUAGCGAUACGGCCAGAAAGGACUUUGAAUUCACCGUCUUCACAAAGAUUAAGUUGCGCACUGACAAUAUCAACUUCAGUCCUUAUGGGAGAAGAUGCCGAAGGGAGCCCUUUAGAGCAAGAACAUAGCAGGGUCGUAUCUUCGUUAUACUCGUCUUUGGCUAAUCGCGGGAACGAUGAGCCAAAGAAUGGAACACCUUCACGUCCUACUUCAAGUGGACGGAAUGAAACAAUGGAACACUCAUUCUUUUCAUACCAUUACGAUGACACUUUGGAACCGGAUGUCGAAGAAGCUGUCAAACUAACGAAAAAUAAAAUUUCCAGUGUUAAUUUUAUUAGUACAACAGAUGGCCAAGACCGAGAUGGGAGUCAAGAUAAAGACAUAGAACAAAACGAACUUGUGACCGAGUCAAAGUUUAUACCACAUAAAUUAAAAAUUCCAGAGAAGGCUGGAUCAAUAAAGUCAUCGAUAAGUGAUGAGUCAUACUUGUCAGGUGUACCAGGUACGGCUGUAAGGAUGAUAAAGAUUCCUCAAAGUCCAUCUUUAAUAGGUAACAUACUGAUUCCAUUACACGAACGUGAUACUGGUAACGAAGGCUCCUCUAAAGAUUAUAUUAAGCUCAAUAAUGAAGAGCUUUUUCGUUCAAGCUCUAUGCACAAGCCUUCUUCAUCUUUAGAGGAAGAAGGUCCACCAAUCGGAGUACCUUCAAUCCCUGUCUUAAGAAGUGUAUCAGGAUCGAGUAAAUGGGCGAAGACAUCUCAACUCCUAACAUUUAAAAAUUCAAGUAAAUUUGAUACAUGCUCACCACAUGAAGGACAUACUUCGUCUUCUCCAUUAAGUGAAACAAACAACAGUAAGAGUAAAGCACUGCCGGAACAUGGACGAUCUAUUGUGUUAGCUCCCAUAAAAUCGCAAAGCUCAGAGUCCUGCCCAGAAGAAAUCCCCACAAUAGAAAGACCAGCUCGAAGUUUACGACCAACAAAUCAAGAGAAAAAGGACAGUAGAAGAGAAGAUAAUGACGAUGGUAGAAACAUAGACCUGGAGGCAAGACUGCCGAUCCAGCAUAUCGACACCUCAUCAAUUCAUUCGUUUGAUUCAGUAAAAAAUGGAUUUAAGGACGUUUAUAGCAUUGAAAGCAUCAUAGUGGUCAUACUUUGUUGUGUUUUGGUGCCGCCGCUAUUUUUCAUUAUUGGUUGCGGUUCAAGAAGCAAACUGCUUUCGGACUAUAGAUUAAUGAGAUUACUCAUGAAUAAGGAACACCGAGCAGCUUUGCUGCAGGGAUUCAUAUGGGAUGUUGAUUUAAAAUGGUUUCGUAUGUUAUGUCUUAUCCUAGGGGCUGGCGAAACAAUUAUUGUGAUGGCUGGUAUCGCUAUCGGCUUUGGCGUAGGCAUCACACGAGAAGAUAAAUCGAUUCACUGA